AGUCAUCAGUUCCGCCGUCGCAAUGGAAUCAAACAAGGACGAAGCGGAACGCUGCAUCGAAAUUGCAAUCGCAGCGUUGCGAGAUAAUCAACACGACAAAGCGAGACGGUUUUUAGAAAAAGCACAGAAACUGUUUCCCACCGAUAAGGUCAAAGCUUUACUAGAGUCUAUUGCUGAGAAUGAAGGACAUUCCACAAAUGAAGAAAACAUCAGAGAAAAUGGUGCUGGUUUACGAAACAGAAUGCACAACACAGAAGACCACUCUUCUGGACAGGGUGCCACAGACUCAGCUAAACCAUUUACAUCAGAACAGCUAGAUGCCGUCAAAAGAAUUAAGAGGUGUAAGGACUAUUACGAGAUUCUUGGAGUCACUAAAGAGGCUAAUGAAGAAGAUUUAAAAAAAGCCUACCGAAAGUUAGCUCUGAAGUUCCAUCCAGAUAAAAACCACGCGCCUGGUGCCACAGAAGCUUUUAAAGCUAUAGGCAAUGCUUAUGCAGUUCUUAGCAACCCCGAAAAAAGAAGACAGUAUGAUGUCUACGGAGAAGAAAAAGCCCAUCCCACUCGGCAGAGGACCAACCACAGAAAUUUUGAGGCUGAUAUUUCCCCUGAGGACCUUUUUAACAUGUUUUUCGGAGGUGGCUUUCCAACUAGUAAUGUGCACGUGUACAGCAAUGGCAGGAUGAGAUUUGCUCAUAACCAACGACAUGAACGACGAGAACAGCCGAGAGAGGGUGGCCUUGCCUUGUUUGUACAGCUGAUGCCUAUACUCAUUCUGAUCAUAGUCUCAGCUCUCAGCCAGAUGAUGGUUUCCAGCCCCCCGUAUAGCCUCAGCCAUAGACCAUCCAUGGGCCACACGAACAGGCGACACACCCCCACUCUGAAGGUGCCUUACUAUGUGGGCGAUCACUUCUCAGAGGAAUAUUCAGGAAUGAAUCUAAAGAAUGUUGAACAAAGUGUGGAGGAGGACUUCAUUUCAAAUCUGAGGAACAACUGCUGGAAGGAGAAACAACAAAAGGAAGGUUUGCUGUAUCGGGCACGUUAUUUUGGAGACUCGGACUUGUACCAAAGGGCGCAAAAAAUGGCAACACCCAGUUGCUCAAAGCUUUCAGACAUACAGGUGCUGUUACAUGGACACUGAGUAGCAAAGGUAGUGUCCUGUGUUGAAGACGUUCAGAGAUGAUUAUGUACAGUAAUGCUGUGCUAAACUGGGACAUUGCAUUGUACCUGUAGAAGAGGAGCAAAGAUGCUGGUGCAACAGGGGCUCAUCCGUGUCAAAAUUUGCGGAAAGUUGCAACUCCUGGAAGAUCUUAUCAUUGAUUCAAAAAGCUACGAUUUAAGAAUGAAAAAUAGAAAAUGGAACCUGCGGUGGUAGAAAGUAAACAGCUGUUUUUUGGUAAUCAAUGCUGCUAGCUUACUGCUUUUUAUUUACAUCUCCCUUUUACUAGGAGCAUUUCUUCAACACCCAUAUUUGGGUUUCUGAGCCAACUGCAAGAUUUUAUUAGUGUUUUCGAUCUGUUAAUGACCACAGGAAAUUAAACGAUUACGCUGGGGUCAUUCAGCAUUUAAUGAAUUGUUCACUGUGGUUUUGCCUGUUAGAUUUUUAAGAAGAAUGUUUAUGCAAAUGAGAAAAUAAUAUUUGUAUUUAUUAAAUGGUAUCAUACUAUA